AAGGCCUGGCUCAGGAGUGAUCCUGUGCCACCUGUACCAUCAAGAUCAAGAUCAAGGUCAUAAUGGUGACUGGGUUGUUCUCACUGUCAAUUCGCUCAUCUUUAACCGCUUCUCCUCGCCUUAACACCCACUCCUUAGGCCUGCCACUCCCAGGACAGAAAAUUGCAGGCCCAUUCUUCAAAUCCCCAAGAGAAGAGGUCUUAAAUAUGUCUACGGGGGGAAAUAGAGACGAUUAUAAAUGGCAGAAAGAACACUACCUUAAUCUCGACCUAACUGGAAGGAGAAGCAAUUAUUCAGGCUACGUGCCCCUCCCCGCUGUCCUGCCGUGGCCUAAGUACUACGAGGCCAAUAAAUACGCUGUCGAUAAAUCUGCCCUCAGCGCCAACAGGACGCAGGAGCUGUUGAGUGGCAGUAUCUAUUCAAGAGAUAACGACCUAAACAACAAGGUGUCAAUUUUCGUGGGUGACAUAACUAAACUGGAGGUGGACGCCAUUGUCAACGCUGCCAACAACAGCCUGCGAGGGGGUGGCGGUGUUGACGGGGCGGUGCACAGGGCCGCCGGGAAGUACCUGUUUGAUGAGUGCGUCACCCUCAAUGGAUGUCAAACUGGUGAUGCCAAGAUUACUGGUGGAUACAGACUGCCUGCGCGGUACAUCAUCCACACGGUCGGCCCAGUAGGAGAGAGACCCGCCUUGCUCGAGUCCUGCUAUCGACGUUCUCUCCAGAUUGCCAUGGAAAAUAACCUUCGCACUGUGGCCUUCCCCUGCAUCUCCACGGGGGUGUAUGGGUAUCCUGGGGAGGCGGCAGUGAGGGUGGUGCUCCCCAUAGUAAGGACGAUGCUGGAGGCACACAAAAGGGAGUUCGACAGGGUGAUCUUCUGCCUGUUCCUCAAACCUGAUGUGGAUUUGUAUCACCGGUAUCUCCCAGUGUUCUUCCCUCUCUAGUGAGGAUAGCUUAGGGUUGCCAGACGUCCGGAUUUCCCUGGACAUAUCCGGAAAUCAGAUAACGAAACCUGCGUCCGGGGGGAUUCCUGAAAAUCCCUCAAAUGUCUGGAAUUUCACCUUUCAUCAUUACUAACUAAAAAAUCCAUCAUUACCAACUGUUAAAAAAUCACAUUUAUUAAAUUUACUUGGGUUGAAAUGAUAGGAGAGAGAGAGAGGGGGGGUUCACCGAGUGGCAACUGCUUUGGUUUGGAUUCAGUCAAGACUCUGACGUGUAUGGGUCCUGUAUGAAGGUGCUUGCAGCCUUCUGGAAAUUUGAUAGUUGAUAUAUGGCAACCCUAUGAUAGGUUAGGAGCAGGAGGCGAUGGGGUGUGUCUGGGAAAGUGAUGGGGUGUUAGGGGAAGUGAUGGGGUGUAGGAGGCAGUGAUGGGGUGUGUACUAAAGGUGUUUUUUUGUGUUAUAAGGUGUUUUCUGUUUUUUUUUUUUAUUUUAGGUUAGUUUACGUUAAAGGAAGAGCAAGAGAUGUGUGUUUUAAGGUGUUUUAGCAAGAAUAGGUGUUUUUUUUGGUGUUUUUUAAGGUGAUUUUCUUUAUUUUUACUGUUUUGUUUAAGUUAGAUUAGUAGAAAAGGGAUGGGCUGUUUUAUGAAUGUUGAAGAGAAUGUUUGGAGUGUUUUGUUGUGUGUGUGUGUGUGUGUGUGUGUGUGUGUGUGUGUGUGUGUGUGUGUGUGUGUGUGUCUGGUUAGUUUUAGUCACGAGCCCUUGACCUUUUACACGCUGACCCCCUCAAAGUUGGGUCAUUGAAGUUGGGGGUCCUCUCUGUACACCACCCACUCAGCCUCCCCCCCUACCUAUGCCACCACAGACAGACAGAUAGAUAGAUAGAUAGAUAGAGGAGGAGAAUAACCUGCAUUUUCUUUCAAUUUAUACCCUUUUAUAAUUUUCAACGAUUUUUCUCCCUCCCAUCAUGUGCUUCCCUACCUCCCCCACCCCCCCCAGGAGAGUGUCCAGGCCCCCUCCCCCUCACCCUCCCUGUUGAGAACCACUAGCUUAAGUUGUAUUAGGUUAUAGCAGAGGUUGAUGGGGGGUUCUGGGGAGGUUGGGGGUUCUGGGGAGGGGAGGCUGAAAUAAAAAUGUGAAUUAUUAUAGAAAAUGUGAAAAUAUUGCAUAAUCCAGCAUUGAAAUUUGUGUUAACUUGUUGUUAGUGAGUAAAGCUGUUCAGUUAUUGUAAGUAAUGACAGAUUAAAGCUGUAUAAGAAAUAUAUUGUAAGUAUCUAGUGUGUGUGUAUGUGUGUGUGUGGUAAGCCUGGAGUGUCUGUCUGUCUGAGUGUCUGCCUCUAUCUCUGUCAUUGUCUGUCUGUCUGUCUGUCUGUCUGUCUGUAUCUUUAUUUGUGUGUGUGUGUGUGUGUGUGUGUGUGUGUGUGUGUGUGUGUGUGUGUGUGUGUGUGUGUGUGUGUGUGUGUGUGUUUCUCUCUCAUUUGUGUUGUGUACUUCAGAAUAACUCUCUCUCUCUCUCUCUCUCUCUCUCUCUCUCUCUCUCUCUCUCUCUCUCUCUCUCUCUCUCUCUCUCUCUCUCUCUCUCUCUCUCUCUCUCUCUCUCUCUAA